AUGGCUACAGAGAUCGUGUCGUCGAGCAGUUCAGGCCAUGGGGAGAAGGUCCCCGUCAGCAGCAUAGCAUAUGCGCUCGACGAGAAACGACGAGCGGCCUUGUCGGAGGUCGACAACGCCAAAUUCGGGUGGUUCCAUGUAAAGGUUUCUCUCGUUGCUGGCGUGGGCUUCUUCACCGAUGCCUAUGACAUCUUCGCCAUCAACAUUGCCGCAACAAUGUUGGGCUACGUCUACGGCAGGACUGCAAGUGGCUUUGCGCUGAGCUCGAACGAGAGUCUGGGUGUCAAAGUGGCGACUCCUAUUGGCAACAUCUUCGGUCAAUUCUUCUUCGGUUGGAUGGCGGAUGUCGUCGGUCGUAAGCGAAUGUACGGUAUUGAGCUUAUGAUUAUCAUCGUUGCGACAUUCGGACAGGCCGUCGCCGGUCAAGCGCGCGCAGUCAAUGUCCUCGGCGUCAUCAUAGCAUGGCGAGUUCUGAUGGGCAUAGGUAUCGGUGGUGAUUACCCUCUUAGUGCCGUGAUCUCGUCCGAGUUCGCCUCGACUCGCAGUCGUGGUCGGCUGAUGACCGCCGUUUUCGCGAACCAGGGCUGGGGCCAGCUCGCCGGCGCAAUCGUCGCGUACGUCGUCGUUGCUGCCUACAAGGAUGACCUUUUGAGCGAGACCACGGACAACCUGCGCUCGAUCGACUUCAUGUGGCGCAUCCUGAUCGGGCUUGGCUGUGUGCCAGGCGCGAUUGCCCUCUACUUCCGGCUCACCAUCCCUGAGACGCCGCGGUUCACCAUGGACGUCGAGCGCAAUGUCAAGCAGGCCGCGCAGGACGUCGAGAACUUCCUCACGACCGGCAGCUACUACGUCGACCCCGACGCCGUUGUGCAGCGCGUGCAAGCACCCAAGGCCACCCGCAGGGACUUCUUUGCGUACUAUUCGAAGUGGGAGAACGCGCGCCAGCUUAUUGGCUGCGCAUACUCAUGGUUUGCACUCGAUAUUGCGUUCUACGGCCUGGGCUUGAACUCAGCUAUCAUCCUCGAGGCCAUCGGAUUCGGCUCUCCGAGCUCCGACCUGAAGGGCACGCUCAAGAUCUACACGAACCUGAAGAACAUCUGCGUCGGGAACAUCAUCCUGACCGUGGCGGGGCUCAUCCCGGGGUACUGGGCGUCGUUCCUCGUGAUCGACUCGUGGGGCCGCAAGCCGAUCCAGCUGAUGGGCUUCAUCAUGCUGACGAUCCUGUUCAUCAUCAUGGGCUUCGGCUACGACGCGCUGACGGCGACGUCCGCGGGGAAGAAGGCGUUUGUGUUCCUGUACUGCCUCGCGAACUUCUUCGAGAACUUCGGGCCGAACACGACGACGUUCAUCGUGCCCGGCGAGGCGUUCCCGACGCGCUACCGCUCGACGAGCCACGGUAUCGCCGCGGCGAGCGGCAAGCUCGGUGCGGUCAUCUCGCAGGUCGGCUUCGCGCAGAUGGCGAACAUCGGCGGGACGAACAAGUUUGUGAAGCACAUCAUCGAGAUCCUGGCGUUCUUCAUGUUGACGGGCGUGUUCUCGACGCUGCUGAUCAAGGAGACGAAGCAGCAGUCGCUAGAAGACAUCUCGAACGAGAGGCAGGAUGGGUUCAUCGAAGGUGUCGCACCACUCGGCGAGCCAGUGUAGGCCGCGUGCAUAUGUCUCCAUCUUGCAUCUCGCGCUGUUCCCUCCCGCUGCUCUCCCCGACUCUCUCUGUCUCUCUGACAUGAUUUAUAUAUAUUGGCUCCCUCAUCGGCACGACCGCGCUCCUCGACUCGUCUCACGGGUGUAAUGUCACAAAACGCAUGUUAUACUAGAGUGUUCUACUAUUGGCGUCGCGUGUGGGCAGAGCACGUUGUGCGCCGGAUGCGCCUGGCAUACCCGUGUAUUCAGCAUGAAUGCAUCACUCUUUCUCACACUC